AUGUAUGAAGUUGAAGAAGAUACAACAGCAACAACAACAACAGAAACAACAACCAAGACUGCAUCAAAAGAUGGUGGUUCUAAACAACAACAACAAGAAAAGAAACCAUCAGAGUUUAUGAGAGUGCAAAGAUUAUUUAGACAACAAACAAAGAAUGCAAGAGGAAAGGUAUUACCAAAAGACAAGAGACCUCCUGUAGACUAUUCAAUUGUAUUGGACUUUUCAAACUUGGACAAGAAUACAGAAGAAAACAAGGCAUUGGUGAUAGAUUAUACAGAUUUGGUUGACAAGAGUGAUGCAGGUGCUUCAGAGUACUAUGCUCAUCCUUCAACGUGGCGUGUAUAUGGUAUUAAAGAUUACCCAGGCUUUUACUUUAUUCCUUCUCCUUUUACAUCCUCUCAACAAAAGAAAUGGGUAAAAGAUUCACUCGAACAAUAUGCCAAUGUACCAAACAACACAAAUAUCAAUCUAUUCUAUGGUCCCGUCAAAGAUCUUUGGCAACACGGUCAACAAGAAAUGAUCACUGAACAUCAACAACUUUCAAAUCAAUUGUUAUCAGAUGACGAUGACAAUCAAGAGACAUCUACAACCUCAAGACCAUUAGAUAAAGAUGGUAAAGAGUUACCACCAUACAGAGAAUUAUUAGAUAAAUUGGCAUGGGCUACACUUGGAUAUCAAUUUCAAUGGACUCCUCGUAUUUAUUCAAGAGAUUUUUAUGAAACCUUUCCUGAUGAUUUACAAGAUUUAGUUCAAAAGAUUGCAAUGGCAACUAAAUAUGAUCCAUAUAUCGCAGAGGCAGGUACAGUUAACUUUUAUUCAGAGGAUUCAGUUAUGGGUGGACAUUUGGAUGAUGCAGAGGAAGAGAUGGAGAAACCAAUCAUUUCACUUUCUUUUGGAGCUUCGGCUGUAUUUCUUUUAGGUGCCGAAACAAGGGAUAUUGCACCAAUCCCAUUAUUUAUUCGCAGUGGUGAUAUUGUCAUCAUGGGUGGUCGUUCAAGAUACUGUUAUCACGGUGUCGCAAAGAUUGUAGAAAAUUCAUUCAACGUUGAUUUGGUAGAUGAAGCCGAUGAAACAUUUAAAUAUCAUAUUCAAUGGUUACGUGAAAAAAAUAGACGUAUUAAUGUUAAUACAAGACAAGUAUUUAAAAAGAAAGAGGAAAAUAACAAUAGUACUUGUACAACUACCAGUAGUACACAAUAA